GCUUCUUCUUUUGGUAUAACUGCGUUUGAUUUUACUUUUUGUCCUGAAAUAAGCUUCUUCUUUUUUUACAGAUUAAAAUUUUCUAUUGUUCAGACCCGGAAGCGAGAAAAGGGAGUAAAGUCAUCCGUCACUUGGAGCCAGUUUUUUUAUGCUGAUUAGAAUCAGCAUAAAACAAACUGCUCCAAGUGACGGAUGAAUCUUCGGGAGGUUUUUGCUGUUGUUGGUUUGUUUUCGGUUGUUGGAUCACUACUUCGGGUAAUCUGACAUGUUUUACGCUUACAGGAAUCAAAUAUAGUUUUCCUAUCAGUUUCGUCUGCUUUGUCUUUGUCCCUGUCGAGCCGGGAAAUAAUUUUACAAAAUUCACUUGGAGCCAGUUUUUUUAUGCUGAUUAGAAUAAGCAUAAAACAAACUGCUCCAAGUGACGGAUGAAUCUUCGGGAGGUUUUUGCUGUUGUUGGUUUGUUUUCGGUUGUUGGAUCACUACUUCGGGUGAUCUGACAUGUUUUACGCUUACAGGAAUCAAAUAUAGUUUUCCUAUCAGUUUCGUCUGCUUUGUCUUUGUCCCUGUCGAGCCGGGAAAUAAUUUUACAAAAUUCACUACGUUCAUCUUCCCUCACAAUGUGUUGAGUUUCGAAGGUGCUGACGGAGAACAAGAAAGUACUUGUCUAGUCAUCCCAGUAUCGAUAUUUAACGGAAAUUAUAUUUCCGACUGAAAGUUACUAGCCUCGAGGCGCGAUAGACUCAUCGUCGGUUGAUCGUGAAAUCGAUCAACCGACUAAACUUCAAGUCUGAUUUCCCGUAAUUGGCUGAGUUUUUUUUUGCCCUUCUUCUUUCCUCCAAUCCAUUUUCGGGAAUGUGAUUUGUGCAAUCCAUUAGUGCAGAGCAAAUGGUGGGCUUUGCGAUAUUUCUUUUCUGAAACGAGAGCAAGCAUCUUCGCUCCCAGUGACGAAAACCUACUAUCACGGAAGAUGCACGAAGCCCGAGCCGCGAAAGACUGCGAAUGGUAUGAGGAGAACGUAAUGGACUCUGGUAGGAAGAAAGAUCCAGCUGUGGUCACAGAACAUGCAGACUAAAUUGCAGAGCACCUUGUCAAGGGAACGAGAUAAAUUGCCUAUCGAUUCGCCCUUCUAAGACGAACUUUGCGAAUGCCAGUGAUCACGCUCGUUGAAAGCUCCGAACGAAAGCGGAUGUCCAAGAAGCCAGCCGGCCGCUCGACUACAGAGCUCUUAUGGCUGCAGGCUCAAGAUCUCGUUCAAAGUAUAUGACAGCUGUUUGUGGCUUGUGCUGUUUUCGGCUGAUUGGAUUCCACGCACGGAAAAUGGCUGUAUUCGUUCUCAGCGGUGUCCUUCGCUGGAGAGUCGCCGGACUCUGUGAAACGAACCGCUUCCCGAAAGAGAUAUGCUCCGGUCUUGACGCUGUUGACGCUGUUGAGCCUGUUCAGAGACCGGCUUUCGUCAGAAGGUGAGAGCAUGCGUGACCUUUGUACGCAACGAAGCCCAAAGACAUUAUUUAAACCGGCCGAGACUGAGACGGAUGUCGACAAUGAAUCAUCUGGGCAGGCGAUUCAAAGAUUCUGCACGAAGAAAGCGAGUGUCGUUCUGGACGAAGAACCUCCUUGGGAGCAGGAAGGGACAUCAACAAGUGCACUGUGGAGCCUGCAUCGGAAGGUCCAGGCGAGAAUAGUUUCCAAACCCUCUGGCGCACUGAAUUGCUCGCGGUCCAGCGCAUCCUCUCGCAGCACCGCCCCGGGAAAAACAUUCCAGACGCCCUCAGGUGGCCUCUGCAUAAAGGGCCCGACCAGGGCGUCUCUCGUUGCAUCUCUCCCCACUCGGUCGUAUGCGCGGUCGGGGAGCAUCCGAGAGUGGACACGAGGAGCCCAAAAACAUCUAGAAAAGCCUCAUCUGCGCGACCUCAUCUGCAUGGAAGUCUCGUAGCGAGCAAAUUCACAAAGAGGCCAAAAUCAAGAGACCAAAUCCUCGACGAGGCUCGGAGCGAUGGCGAGCUACUUGCUGCAUGGGAUGCUGCACGUGACAAUCUACGAGGCCGACGGGCUGGUGGACGAGGACCGCCAGACGGGCAGCGCGCCGCUGCUAGUCCAAUUGCUGGUGGCCACGGUGGAGGACACCAUCCACCUGGGCCGAGGAGGCAGCCAGCUGUACGCCACGGUGGAUUUGGGCAAGACGCGAGUAGGGCGCACGCGAAUGAUCAGCAAGGCGCCCGUGCACCCGGUGUGGAACGAGACCUUCCGCAUCCACGCGGCGCACACCGUGCCGGACGUGGCCAUCACCGUCAAGGACGACGACACCGUGGGCGCGACCAUAAUCGGCCGAGCCUGCGUGCCGGCGCCCGUGGUGCUCAGCGGCAACGAAAUCGACGACUGGUUCGACCUCGUGCGCGAGGACGGCUCGCCGCUGGACGGCUCGCGAAUUCGAUUCCGGCUGAAGUUCGUCGCCGCGGCCGACGACAAGCACUGGAGCCGCGGCAUCAACCCGGACCUCUACACCGGCGUCCCGUUCACGUUCUUCCCGCAGAGGACCGGGUGCCGAGUCACGCUGUACCAGGACGCGCACAUGCUCGACGGCUUCAUGCCGCACAUCGCUUUGGACGACGGCCUGGCCCGCGAGCCGUCGCGCUGCUGGGAGGACGUCUACCAGAUGAUCGUCGGGGCGCGGCACCUGAUCUACAUCACGGGCUGGUCCGUGUACACGGAGAUCCGGCUGGUGCGCGACGAGCAGCGCAUGAUCGAGGGCGCCGAGAACGUGACGCUGGGCGAGCUGCUGAAGCGCAGAGCGGCCGAGGGCGUGACGGUGAACAUGCUGGUGUGGGACGACCGGACGUCGGGCACCUGGCACAAGGACGGAGUCAUGGCGACGCACGACGAGGACACGGAGCUCUUCUUCCGCAACACGAACGUGAACUGCGUCCUGUGCCCGCGCAAUCCCGACGAGGCGCUGAGCAUCGUGCAGGACAUGUCGAUCAGCCUGGCCUUCACGCACCACCAGAAGUCGAUCGUCGUGGACGCGCCCGUGGUCGCGCGCGGGGGCGCGGGCCGGCGCAGGAUCGUGAGCUUCGUCGGGGGCCUGGAUCUGUGCGACGGGCGCUGGGACACCCAGCAGCACUCGCUGUUCGGGACGCUGGCCGGCGCGCACCGCGACGACUUCCACCAGCCGAAUUUCGCCGGCGCCUCGAUCGCCUGCGGAGGCCCGCGCGAGCCCUGGCACGACAUCCACUCGCGCAUCGAGGGCGAGGCGGCGUGGGACAUUCUGUACAACUUCGAGCAGCGCUGGCGCAUGCAGGCCGGCGACGCGAUGCAGGACCGCCUCGUGACGCUGGUGGACGUCGCGGACAUGGACCCGCCCUCGCCCGCCGUCGACGACGACGACCCCGAGGCCUGGAACGUGCAGAUCUUCCGAUCCAUCGACGGCGGCGCCGUGGAGCUGCCCGAGUCGCCCCGCGAGGCCGCCAAGUCGGGCCUCGUCACCGGCAAGAACAACGUGCUCGACCGCUCGAUUCAGGAUGGGUACGUGAGCGCCAUCCGCCGCGCCAAGCACAGCGUCUACAUCGAGAACCAGUACUUCAUCGGCAGCGCCUACGGCUGGGACAAGGCGGCGGAUUGCCCCGCGCCGCACCUCAUUCCCAUGGAGCUCACGCGCAAGAUCGUGAGCAAGAUCGAGGCCAACGAGCGCUUUGCCGUGUACGUCGUCAUGCCCAUGUGGCCCGAAGCUGUGCCCGACACCGCCACCGUCCAGGAAAUUCUCCAAUGGACGCAUCUGACUAUGCAGAUGAUGUACAAGGAGAUCGGCCGAGCGCUUCACGCGCGCGACGGCGACAACGCGAGCACGAGCCCGAGGGAUUACUUGAAUUUCUACUGCUUGGGCAACCGUGAGACCAAAACCGAGUGGGAACUCGAACCCUCUACGCCUCCGGCCGCCGACACGAAUUACAAGUUGUCUCAAGACGCCAGGCGCUUUCUCAUCUACGUGCACGCCAAGUUGAUGAUCGUGGACGAUGAAUAUGUCAUCGUGGGAUCUGCGAACAUCAACGAACGCUCGAUGAACGGAGCGCGAGACUCCGAAAUUGCCAUGGGUGCAUAUCAGCCGUAUCGCGUCGGGGGCAGAGGCCAGGUGCAUGGUUUCCGAAUGUCCCUUUGGUAUGAACACCUGGGCCGACUCGAAUCUGUCUUCGUCCGGCCUGGAAGUCUGGAUUGUGUCCGCACUGUCAAUGCCCUUGCCGAUGAGUUGUGGUCUCUGUACAUGCAAGAUGAGCCUUGCGACUUGCCCGGCCAUCUUCUUCCUUUUCCUGUGGCCGUCGCUCAGGAUGGUGCGGUGACAGCAUUGCCGGGCUUUGAAACUUUUCCGGACACGAAGGCCCCUGUUUUGGGAGCUGAAUCCGCCUUCUUGCCUCCGCUGGUGACAGCGUAGAUUGUACAAUAGCCGAUUCGAACUCUCUCGAGCCUCGUACGCGCAUGAAAACUUCGCCACAGACAUUACACAGUCGUAGCAUGAAGAUCUGACAACAGAUGCAGAAGAAGUCAUUCCACGUUGUACGACACCGAUGAUCGAUCUCCCCUCUACCUCACCUCACUCAGUGGAAGGAAACAGCCCAAAUUGAUUGAAAUUUACAGUCCACGGAACUCCAAGCAGUACAAAGCGACCAUGGAGGAUAGCAGCAAGGUAGCCAAAAGCACAGAGUAGCCGAGCAAAGAAGACUUCUAGCAUAGGACAACGGACACAACACAGACACCCUACUGCAAGAGCAAGCCAAACCUUUUGUGAGGUCCCGGCUUUUAUGUACAGCAGAAAUUCCGCAAACGUAUAAGCAUUGUAGAUUUUUUGACUUCAUUCUCCCAAUUCGCAUCCAAAGUCAAACUUCAUCAAAUUUUCGAGGACUCAAUUUAAAGGUGAUCUUGCGUGCCUUACUUCGGCAGUCAGCUCCAGAGAAUGCUGUAGCAUACUCAAACCUUACCAAACUAUCGGAACCGCAUACGGCUACUGCGCAGACGGGCAAGUACGAUAAGUGCGCUGAGCAUCAGCCUCGAAGAAUUUGACAAAAGAGGUUGGAUGAUUGUCUUUCUACAACAUGACGUUACCUGUCUGUCAGGAUUGAAAAUUGAUCUGUCAGAGGGCUGUCAGAGAGUUCUGGAUCACCUCAACAAUCUCUUUAAGCAAUAAACUCGUGAGCACUGUAUGUGAGAGUAGCACCACCGCAUGAGUUGGAAAGUGCUCUUUGGUCAAAUGUUGAGAGCGCUCUGAACGAGCGCAAGACUCAUGAUCCUCGUUCGGAUUUAGUCAGGAUCGACGAUAGGCAGUGGAACAUCAUAUUGAAGGGGCACCUCGAUGGGCAGUGGCAACUACAGCAGUAGCCUGGACCAGUGCAGGCUGCUUCAGUCUAGCCAUAUAGUCCUCGACAUACGUCUAAAUCCAGAAUCCUCAGUAUGGAUACAAUUGACGAUUCUGGAUUGUCGAUUCCAUGCUACUUUUCCACUCUACUGAUGCAAGCAUAUAGCGAGUAAGUUGUUCGUCAUCCACAUCUUGUGACUGAUACGGAUCAUCGAGCACGUAACCAUUUCCCGUCGCCCAGCCCAAUCUACACUUUCGUGUGUGGAGCGAAUCAGAUAGAAACCCCACAUGUACUCAUGGAUGACGCUC